AUGUUCUACUUCAGUGCACAGGUUCAACGUCUUAUUCGACACGGAACGGUCUGUUGGAUCUCCCAUGAGUUUAUCAUCACGCGUGGGAACAGCUCAGGGCUGUGGAUAUGCUUUGGUGUGCCAUCCGCAUCCUAUUUCUCCACCGGUAGACUACACGGGCGUUGGCAUAAUGUAUCGGCAUCCUGCAGUCAGGAUACCAACCGGCUACGCGAGUCGAUGCGGGAGUACACGCGAGAGCUGCACCGGGCGGAGCACGAGAAUGGCGAUCCCCUGAUGCGGCCGCUUUUCUGCGACUUCCCCGACGAAGACAAGUGCUGGCGGGCCGGGGAUCAGUACAUGUACGGGCCCAAGUACCUUGUCGCGCCGGUGCUGCAGGCCAAGCAGCAAACACGGGAGGUUUACUUCCCUGGGGAGGGUGUUCGCUGGAAGGACGCUGAGGGGCUGGAAUAUGAGGGCGGCCAGACAGCUACAGUUAAGACGCCGCUCGACACGAUGCCCGUGUUUAUUCGGCAAUGA